AUGCGGAAACAGUUGCUUCUCGCGGAAAUUAUUAUUUUAAUUGUUGCUUGCACCGCCACUAGUAACAAUCUGCUAUCUGUUGAGGAGAUCCUCCAGACAAAUCAGUAUUUACUCAUCGCUCAGCAAGACGGUGUGACUUAUAUUCAAAGAAAUGUGACUCGUGGUAUUUGCCCACUGUUUAUGUCGAAGACAAAGAAGUCAUUCCACAGCGAUUUUCGUCUCGUGGGCAUCCACCUAAUUCGUGACCCUCUAGCUAGAAGACCACCUCUACUAAUGAUUAUCAAAGAUGGUAAAUCACAUUUCAGUCUCCAAAUGCUUGCUCCCAAUGUCACUGAAAUCUUCCAAAAUAGUGGUCCGAGCGUAGCAAGUUUCUAUGACAAAAGCCAAGGUUUUCGAAUUGAGAUUGGUCACGCUGAAAAAAUUAAAACGACACUAUUUGAUUCAACAAGUCACAUGCUCUAUAUUGAAUUAUUUAUUUCGAACAAAUUCAAAAUGAUGCAAUAUUUCGUCCAAAACCUUUUCACAAAUGAUAUUCGUCUUCAUCGCGUUGGUUUGUAUAGCCAAGAUUCAUCAAGCAGUCGCUAUGAUUGGGAGGAAGAUCACUAUAAUAAAAAGUUUUACUAUAAAGAAAAGGUGGACAACGAAAUAGGGCUGUUUGAAAUCCCAAUGGGUGCUCUAAUUCGAACUGCUUACGAAGGUGAAGCUGGUCUGAAAAUAGGUAGCCUAACCUGGGACGGAACGCUUUCAGGAGCAAAUGGAGGAGCAUUCUACACUGUAAACACGAAUCGUCAGGGUAACACAACUACAAUCGAUUCUUCACUUGUGCCUACAUCGCUAAGCGCCGGGUUCAGAUGCAGUGUUAAUAGAACAAGCUCCGAAGUUCCUCUUUUCAAUAAACUCGUAAUCGUUAGAAAUCAAGAUUACUGUAUGCUCAGAGAUGGAUCAAAUUAUGACGCCGAUGAAUGUGCUCACGAGCAAAGAAAGUUUCUCGGUUUGGAAUCAGAAGGCGAGUCAAUAGAUAUCGUGAAAUGGCUGCUGGUCACUUGCAUCAUAAUGUUCAUGAUUAUCAUUCUCCUUUUCGUGUACAUUUACUGGCUGCGUUCAACUUUUGUUUCAGACUACGAUAGAACUCAUCCUAAUGAGACCGAGGCAUCACUAUUCGUGGCCAAACAAAGAAGUUUCCCAUCAGUUUAUCAAGAUCCAGCUCUUCUUGAUGUUUCUGUCGACAGAUGGAACUGA